AUGACGGAGGUAACGAAGGAAGCGUUAAACGAAGCGAAAAAGAAGCGGAGAUGUGCAAAAUCGAGUGUUACAGGGGCAGGAAAUGGCUUGGAUUAUUUAUUGAAAAAUGAGAGACCUAUACCGGAAGUUGAGGAAUCACUCGCUAAUUUGGAAGAUUUAUACAAGAAAUUGGUUGAAAAACACGACGAAUAUAUUCAGUUGGUGGAUGGCGAUGAAGAAUUUGCAACUGAGGAAGAAUGGAUUGAAGAUUGUCAACAGAGGUUUAUGCAGAUAAGGAUCAGAACAAAGGAUUAUUUAAAGGUCAAGUCACAAGGUCAGUUUGAAAAUGAAACAAACCCAGAAACAGGUUUAGUGCCCAAUCAAACCGAGACAACUGUUAGUGACAAUGGGCAGCAAGAGCAUGACGGUAUCCCUGGGUCUGGUCAAGGCCCAUCCCACCAAGGUGAAGGUCCAUCCCACCAAGGUCAAUCCCCAACCCAUGAAGGUCAAUCCCCAACCCAUGGAGGUCAACCCCCAUCCCACCAAGGUCAACCCCUAUCCCAUCAAGGUCAACCCCCAACCCACUAA